CUCCGAACUUCGCAUUGGGGACCGCCAACAACGCCUGAAGCCUGACUAUAGCUCACUAGGUAGUAACCUUCAAAAAUCUCAAUCCAGUAUUCACUGGUAGAGCACAAGAGGCACGGCGCACAGGCGCUCCCAACUUCGUGCCGUGACUCCCUUCUGCCAAUAGCUACCCCACCAACCAACAAAACAGCAAAAGAUGACACUCAGCGUCCACGAGAUCUCCCAGUUGCGUGCUGCCUUGCAAGAUGCCGUCGUCAAGUGCUCAGAAAGAUGCUUGUAUCAGUCAUCAAAAUGGGCUGCCGAAUUGCUCAAUGCGCUCCCCGAGAUCGAAGAAGACGAAGAGAACAUCAACCCUGCAGAUCCCGGACACGCCUCUCCGAUAUUCGCUGCGAACAGCGAUCCAGAAGAAGCAAUUCUUGAAGCCAAAGAACUUAGCAAAUAUCUCUUAGCCAAAUCUCUCUUCGACUGUCGAGAAUAUGAUCGUUGCGCUGCCGUGUUUCUGCCCGACUCCCUCCUUUCAAGUGUUCUUGCCUCGCGUGUAGACAGCACUUCAGCAUCCACCACCACUGGAAAGGGAAAGGGGAAGGCAUCCAGCGCUUCAGCCGUGACGCCACUGCCAAAACUCAGUCAGAAGAGCUUGUUCUUAGCACUAUAUGCCAAGUUCAUGUCCGGGGAGAAGCGCAGGAAUGAAGACUCCGAGAUGGUUAUGGGCCCUCAAGAUCUUGGUACAGUGGCCAAUAAGCAAUUACUUGUGAUAGGUCGAUUCUUAGCAACUUGGUUCGAGGAGAGGACAACGGAAGACGAUGAAGUAUUGGGAAGCCAGGGAUGGCUUGAAUAUUUGUAUGGCAUGGUGCUAGCCAAAGAGAAGAACGAUGACAAGGCACUGGAAUAUUUUAUCCGAAGCGUGCACAAGUACACCAUGAAUUGGGGCUGUUGGUUGGAAAUGACGUCGUUGAUAUCUCGAGUUGAAGAUGUGAGUCUCCCAUGUAAUAUCCUCGCUUCUUUUCAAUCGCCAACACCUUCCAAGCUGAAUCGGAUAUCUAGACAUUGUCCUCAGAAUAUUGUCUCUUACAUGUUCCACCUGCACACCUCUCUAGAACUCUACCAACAAGGGCCCGGUCUGGCCAAUUCUCUUGAACAACUUCUCUCGAUAUUCCCAACAUCCUCUUUCCUUCUCACGUGCAAUGCACUCCUGGCAUAUCACGCCAAGGAUUUGAUGGCUGCUGAACAGCACUUUACUCGACUGCUGGCACUCCAUCCACAUCGGCUAGAUUCUCUCGACCAUUAUUCUAACAUUCUCUACGUUCUCAAUCUUCGCCCAAAAUUGGCUUUCCUGGCACACCUAUGUUCCAGCGUGGACAAAUUCAGGCCCGAGUCUUGCGUGGUGAUUGGAAACUAUUACUCUUUACUAUCGAUGCAUGAGAAGGCUGUCCAAUAUUUCCGUCGUGCGUUAACGCUAGACCGGUCAUGCUUGUCAGCAUGGACGCUAAUGGGCCACGAAUAUGUUGAGCUUAAAAACACCCAUGCGGCAAUCGAGUCGUACCGCCGUGCAGUUGACGUGAACCGCCGGGACUAUCGGGCCUGGUAUGGUCUUGGUCAAACAUACGAGAUGUUGGAGAUGCAUACAUACUCAUUAUGGUACUACAAGAAGGCUGCUGGUCUACGACCAUGGGACGGAAAGAUGUGGAUGGCUGUAGGCUCAUGUCUACAGAAAAUGGGCCGAGAACGAGAUGGUAUCAAAGCCUUAAAGCGAGCUUUACUAGCUGAUGCUUAUUAUGACGUGGGGAGCAGUUUUGGUAGCGGGGAUCUCCUUGGCAGCCGGAGCGCCACGGGUCAUAUGGACCCCGACAUCCUUCUGCAAAUUGCGGUUAUGUACGAUCAGCUUGGUGAGGAGGAGGAAGCCAGGUCAUACAUGGAAUUAUGCGUGGCCCAGGAAGACGGUGGUGGAGCUGCAGAAGCUGAUCCGGCUGAGUCGAUUGCUAUUCACAACGACUCUCCACCGGGCUCAGAUAAUGGUGCCGAGGGCAACGAGAACCCAGGGAAUGAGGGAACCGGAGUCACGGCGGCGACAAGCAAAGCGCGUAUGUGGCUGGCAAAGUUCUCAAUGCGCACUGGAGAUUACAUAACGGCCUCUCGACUUGCGGGAGAGUUGUGUCAGGACGGUGUUGAAGUGGAGGAAGCAAAAGCACUUGUGAGAGAAGUUCGAUCUCGAAUGGAAGCGACGGGAAUGCUCGACCCGCUGAGUUAGCAAUAUCAGCAAGGACAAGUAGAUGCCUAAUCGUGUAUUCAGAGGUGUGCAGCCAAGGAUGUCUUUGGUUGAUGAGAAUAUGCAUCACGUUGCUCAUGAAAUGUUUAAAUAAAGAUGGCUAGUAAAUAAUGUUAUUGCAGAGAAUACAUUCACCACGAGUAGCCACUCGGGGAUACGC